CAAAUGCACUUGUCAUUAAAUAAAAUAUCUGGCAUAAGUUUUGUUGCAAGCUGUACUUGAAACAUAACAAAGUUUCUCGAUAAAUGUCAAUCAAAGAUAAGAACAGCACAAAUUAUCAAACACCGGCUUCAAGCUUCAGUAACAGAGAUGGAGAACAUAGUUCAACCAGCCAAUAUCAAACAACUUUCUGAAUUUCCUUUAAUUCCUUCUAAUUAUGUUCACUCUUCUUAUAACAACAAUUCCUCUGCCACUGACCCUGACGUUGUUUCAAACUCAAUCCCCAUCGUUGAUUUUUCUCUACUCACUUCCCUUGAUCCUCAUCAACGCUCCACAGCCAUCCACCAACUCGGCAAAGCAUGCCAAGAUUGGGGCUUCUUCAUGGUAGUGAACCAUGGCAUACCAGAAAAAUUGAUGAAGGCAGUGAUUGAUUGCACUCAUGAAUUUUUCAACUUGCCUGAGGAAGAAAAACAGGAGUUUGCUGGGAAGCAUGUGUUGGAUCCAAUAAGAUAUGGGACUAGCUUUAAUGCUUCUAAAGAAAUUGUCUUCUUCUGGAGAGACUAUCUCAAGGUCUUUGUUCAUCCUCAUUUUCACUCCCCUACCAAACCCCAAGGCUACAGGGAUAUUACAUCGGAGUAUACUCAGAAAAUCCGGGAAGUGGCAAGAAAGUUACUAGCAGGUAUAUCUGAAAGUUUAUGGCUUGAAGAAAGUUUCCUGGACAGAGCACUAGAUUUGGAAUCAGGCCUUCAAAUAUUUGUUGGAAAUUACUAUCCAGGUUGCCCUCAACCUGAACUUACAAUGGGGUUGCCAGCCCAUUCAGAUCAUGGCCUUUUAACCAUUCUCAUCGAUAACCAAGUUGAAGGUCUCCAACUUCAGCAUCAAGGCAAAUGGCUUCAUGUUAAAGCCCUUCCCAACUCUCUCUUGGUUAACACCGGCGACCAUCUUGAGAUAUUCAGUAAUGGGAAGUACAAGAGCAAUGUACAUAGAGCAGUGGUGAACAACAAAGAAACAAGGAUAUCAAUAGUUACACCCCAUGGUCCAUCACUGGAAACAGUUGUGAGCCCAGCUUCCCCACUGGUAGAUAAAGAACCAGCAGCUUAUAUUCCAAUCAGGGAUUACUUGGAGCUCCAACAGAGCAACAUACUUGAGGGGAAGUCCUCUUUGGAAAGAGUCAAGAUUCCAAAUAAUUGAGUGUUCUUUUUUUACCCUUUCUUUUCCUGGGAACUGACCUCUUCUUUCCACGUUUUUGAUGAGAUUAUUUUCUCAUAUUGAUUAUGGAGAACAGAGGUGGUAUAAUGGAACAAUAAUGUUAUAAAUUCAAACUGAUGUACUAUAGUUUAAAUUGUGAUCUUUUAAUCA